AUGCGGCAUCAGGCUCCUUCCAUAUACCAGUCGCCGAAAUGCUUCGUCACGUACGGCACCAUGAGGCACGUCGAUCCGAAGCAGCCUCCGAGUAAAGGCAAGCCGUGGACGGCCAUUUCGGAGCUCGACUUUGUCCACAAGAUUGACUUGAUCAUCCCCCAAGACAUUUGCGACAUCAUCGUCCACAAGAUGGAUGAGCGUGCUUCGCCGGCCUACUACAGAGUCGUCAUGACGCUGGGCCAGGUGCUGGAGACCAAGUUCCUCACUCGGUAUAUCAAAUUAGGGAAUAUCAUGAUGCUGUCGGAAGGUAAAACGACCAUUGGAAAUCUCUUCACCCUUCGAGAGGGUAUCCUGGACCUCUACCUUGAUAGGGAGACGUAUGAACGCGCUGGGCUUGAGGGGAAACCCUACGGCAUCAAGGGUGAUCGAGGAUCUAAGCCUAGGUGGAAAGUAUCAUAUAACCUGCGGGAAGAGUCAAUGCUGCACGGUAGGAAAAAGUUCGACAGACUGAAUUAUGCAUGCAAGCAGGUGCUGAACCAGCCCAUGACAUGGCUUGUCUGCAACGCCUCCGACUCUGCUAUGGAUGAAGAUUUGCUGCAGAGUCUGGGCGCGACGGAAAGAACGUCGUCGCCAAAGCUAUCUACAGACACCGGGAUCAACCAGAUUCCCCUUAGGAUACCGCCCACCAUCCUCGCGCAGGGAGACCGCGAGGCUCUUGAAUACUCCGCGACGGAAAUAUACGAGUGGCUGUCGCUUGUCCGGUUAGAAAGUCCUCGCGUCGUGGCGGGAGACAACAUUGACCCCUAUCUCUCACGAUAUGCACCGCCAGAAGCCGACGGCGCCGUGGCCCAGACACCAGUCUGCAAGCUGAGUUGGCAAGGUUUCCUAUCCUCGAGCUGGCUACGGAGCCUCUUCGUCGACGUCAUCACCAGCUGCCCGUCGCAGUCGUGGUUCGCGCUUAGCAGCACGACCUUCUCUCGCAACAUCCUCGGCGGGUGCAACGAGCUCACUUUCCUUCGGCCGCCUGAGCGCUCGGGAGAGUUCCUCAUGUGGGAGAUCAAAAGCCAAGACUGA